UCAGGCCUGGGCCGGCGUCACCAGAUUCUCCCAAACGACGGAUCACCUGACCUUAUGAGAAACGGGAGUCUUGAGAAAGUCUCACUCGGCACGUAACAGUGACCAGAUUCCCAAUCAUAGGGUCCCAAUUGUGAAAGCCACGUGUCAACGUUUGCGGUGACGCAGGUCCUGGGCUCCUCACCGCCGAGACACCCGGGGCUAAUAAUAACUCACGCCACCAUGUCGGUGCUGUCACUGGCCGUUCUCCUAUUUUUCAGAGGCUCUACUUUCUCUUCCGCAGCCGAAUGUGAAGUGUGUGUGAGCUUCCUCCACAGAUUGUAUGGCAGCCUGAACUCAGCCCACACAGAACUCACCCCAGCCCUGGUGGAGGAGGAGCUGCUCCGGGCAUGCACCGUCGCUCAGGGGAAGGAAGCCAGGCUGUGUUACUACCUCGGAGCCAGUAGUGAUUCAGCGACACGUGUCACAGCGUCAGUGGCCCGCCCGCUGGCCUCUCACGUCCCCGUUGAGAAGAUCUGUCAGCGCAUGAGCAGCACAGACACACAGAUCUGUCAGCUCAGUCAUGAGCCUUUGCUGAAGGACCUGAGCAGCGAUGGGCUGAAGAAGCUGAGAGUUCUGGAGCUGAGGAACAUCUUAGCCUCAUGGGGGGAGGAAUGUCGAGGCUGCCUGGAGAAACACGAGUUUGUCAGCCUCAUCAAGGAGAAGGCACCGCUGCACGCUCACACCGUGGAACUAUGAGUCGCAAUUAUGUGUCUCUUCCACCCGGCACCCGCAAAGUAAAUAAGACACAAACUUGCGUAUUCUUCGGUAUAAACCUACACAGACUUGACCUGGUUAUCCAAAAUAAGAAAACAAAUUCAAAUUGAGGAUAAUCGCCCUCUUAGUUUGGGCCUGAUUGUGAAAAUAAACUGCCGCUAUGCAAUGGACCGUAUUCACAUGGCGGCCAUUUUCCUCUGACGAUGAGUCCAUGAUUGGUGUGACCAGCUUCCCCCCCCCCCCGUAUUGCUGUUGCCUGUAUUGUUAGUUAUUCACUCGAGUUCAAGCGGGAUACGUGCAUCAUAUGUCUUGUCGCUUGCUGGUACCAUGACCUCUUUGUCACUGAAGUGCAAUUAAUCUUGGAAUAGGCUGGGCCGGGAAGGAUCUAGAUGUAGAAUAUGAAUGUGUGUGCUGUUGUGCUUUUCAAUUAUUUCCUUACAAAAGUCCUUUAAGCUUGUAGCCUAUAUGGCCGUGGUAUUGUCAGUUAAAAAAUAAAACAAUCAUAUCAAA